CCACCUGAAUGCACCACAAUAUCUUUAGCGUGAACUCCCCAGCGUCCCUGAAUCUCCCACAAUCCUGUUCGGUGGAGCUCCGCUGCUUCACGUUAGAGAUCAGCUGAGCUGCGGAGCGCUGCAGUGAGACCAGGCUGCCGGAGGACCGGGACCAGACCGGGACCAGGAUCGGAGCCGCUCGGGGCCGCUCGGAGUCUCUGUGGUCGGACUCGGACUAGACUGGAGACUCGGAGAGAUUUUUAUUCUAAAGGCUGCAAGAAUGUGACUCCUUUAUGUGUCGGGUUUUUUUUAUUUUUUAACCCUGGACUGCGCUGAUCGAUCACACGGAUUGGAUCCCGUUUUUUUUAAUUAUUAUUUUUAUUAUUAUUAUUAUUGUUUCGGUCACCAUCUGUCCCCUCAGUGCGGUAAAACACCUGGACUAAACGGUGCGGAGCUCCGAGGAGAUUCCAGGUUUUUAUUCCAGGAGUGGGAAAUAAUAUGUCAAGAAGAAAACAGACCAACCCCUUCAAAGUUAACUGGCCAUUCCACACUUCAGGACUUCAGCACACUAUUAACAUGGAUGGCAGGGACGAAUUCACCGAAGACAGUGAAUGCUGCAGCAACAACUCCCAGGAAGUUCACGAGCAGGACAGCAUCUCAGGGCUAUGUUCUCCUCCAUAGAAGACAGCGAUAGCGACCUCGACAACCACGGCGAAGACUCGUCCUCCAACACGUCCGCCGACGACCACAUGACCACCAAGAGAACGCCGUGCCGCCUACAAGGAGCGGGAGUCAAAGAGGAGAGCGAGGAAGGAGCCGACCACGGCAACAACUUUGUUUGUCCUCUCUGCACGCUGGAUUUCAGCAGCCCUGAGAAGCUCAUCUCCCAUGUCUACCAGCACACGACUAUGAUGAGCAAUAGCAAGAGCUAUGUGUGCCCAGUGUGUGGGCGAGCCCUGAGUUCGCCUGGCUCGCUGGGACGGCAUCUUCUCAUCCACUCUGAGGACCGCCUCUCCAACUGCGCUGUCUGUGGAGCACGCUUCACAGACACCAACAACUUUAACAGGGAGAAGCUGAAAGACGUCCUGGACACCUCCAGGCUGGACGUCCACUCUGGACGGGACUCCUGCUCCAUGUCCCUGUCCAGCAGCCCCAUGACCAGCCCGGGCCACGGGCCGGGCCCCAGCCCCAGCUCCUGCCAGGGGCCUCCCCCCUGCCAGGCCCCGGACCCUAACCCCUCCUUAUGCCACGCCCACCGUACCUGCCAGGGGCCGGCCCACCUCCCCAGCCAGUGCCAGGACCCCCGGCCGUGUCACAGCACGGGGCCCUGCGGGGGCUCCGACCAGGGCGCCUCCUUCCCCUCGCUGCCCGACAGCCUCCUCUCCGAGGGCCCCUCACUGGCCUCCAUCCCCGACUCUCUGCACUCGUCCCCCUCGGGCUUCCCCCCCAUCCCCGACAUCCUGAGCCCCAUGCCCGUCUACCCCGCCGGCGUGCUGCUGGUGUGCAACAGCUGCGUGGCGUACCAGCAGCUGGUGGAGGCCCAGUCCCCCAUGAGGAAAUGGGCCCUCCGACGGAAGAACGAGCCCCUGGAGGCGCGCAUGCAGCGGCUGGAGCGCGAGCGCACGGCCAAGAAGAACAAGCGGGCGUGCGAGACGGAGGACGAGCGCGAGCUGAGGAGGCUGAGGGACCGCGAGGCCAAACGCAUGCAGAGGAUGCAGGAGUCGGAGGAGCAGAGGGCCCGGCGGCUGCAGAGGGACCGCGAGGCCAUGAGGAUGAAGAGGGCCAACGAGACGCCGGAGAAGCGGCAGGCCCGGCUGAUCCGGGAGCGCGAGGCCAAGAGGAUCAAACGGCGGCUGGAGAAGAUCGACCCGGCUCUGAGGACUCAGAUCGAGCACGACCCGGCCGCCAUGGCCGCCCUCACCGCCGACAUGAGCCUCUUCCAGUUCCCCUGCCCCAUGCCGGUCCCUUCUAUCGACAACGGGCUCUUCAUGAAGCUGCCCUGAGGGGCCCCGGGACCGCUAGAGGGGCACCAUUACUAGAGGGGCACCAUUACUAGAGGGGCACCAUUACUAGAGGGGCACCAUUACUAGAGGGGCACCAUUAACCUCUGAGAACUGGUCCCAGCUGGUUCACCUCCAGCUUGUUCUGUGUCCAACAGCUUCACAGACAAACUGCUUUGUUAAAUACAGCAAGAACUACUUCAAUUUCUAAUUUAUUACAGUCUAGAAACCCUCGACGGGGUUCCAGAGAAUGUUUCAUAUCGUACGGAUGACGACGUAAAAGCAUGUUGUAAAGAGACGUUUCUGUCGGUGGCGAGCAGAUUAACACAGUUCAUUCUAGUAGGAGCAGUUACACAGGGACAUCUUUAAAAUAUUAGAAUAUCAUGAAAGAGUUUUUGUCAGUAAUUUCAGAAAGUGAAACUCAUAUCUCAUAUAG